AUGAGUAAGAAUAUUGAAGCGUGUUCCUGUAAUCAUAGUUAUCAGCGAUAUAUUGUGAGAUUAAUGAGCAAGCACACUACACUCUAUUCUGAAAUGUUUGUCGACGAAAUGCUGAUCCAUUCUCAAUUUCGCUCUAACUUAAUCCGGUUUGACAAAAGUGAGCACCCGAUCAUUGCCCAAUUGGGUGGAAGUAACAAGUACAAAAUGCUUGAAGCUGCCAAAUUGCUGGAAGCAGAAGGGUAUGAUGGUAUCAAUAUCAACUGCGGAUGCCCGAGCCCCAAAGUUGCAGAAGGAUGUUUUGGGGCUCGUCUGAUGCUCUCUCCAUGGAGAGUUUACGACAUCGUGCAGCAUCUCCAGCGUCAUCUAUCGAUACCUGUAACUGUAAAAUGUCGGAUUGGAGUGGAUCGUAUCUAUUUUUUAAAAUUAUGUUUUGCUCAUAACAUCGUAGAAUAUGACAGCUACGAAGAACUAUGCCGUUUUAUCCGGAUAGUGUCAGGUGCUGGCACAGAGCAAGAUAGAAAGUCAUUUGCUUCUGCCAGUGAUGAUGAAGCGGAGAGCGAUCCCCUCAUGCCUCCCGUUCAAUCUGAAUCGGAUGGCAUUCAGAGACAAGAGAUUCAGCCAUGCUAUGGCGCAAAGCAUUUUAUUAUUCAUGCUAGAAAGUGCUUGCUUUCAGGUCUUUCUGCCAAGCAGAACCGUUCCGUUCCACCCCUCCAUUACGAUUGGGUAUAUCGGCUCCUGGACGAUUUUCCGUGCAUUGACUUUUCCAUUAACGGAGGUGUGUUAAGUCUUGGUCAAGCCAAGGAUUUGCUCGAGAGAAAGAGCCAAAGUGGAAGGCAGCUUCGAGGCGUAAUGAUUGGAAGACUUCUAACGAAAGCUCCUUGGAACUUUCAUUUUAUCGAUCAGUUCUUUUAUGGGGAGCCGAACCCUUCUCUGAGUCCUUUUGAGACGGUCAUGAAAUAUGUGGAGUAUUGUGAGCAAAUGGAAAAGAAUGGCUACACGCAGCAUUUCUCGACAAAUGAGCUUCUUAAGCCCCUUUUCAACAUUUUUGUUGAUAUCCCGGGAAGUUUGCGAUGCCGCCGAGAAAUGUUUGAAGCCGUUUGCAAGGAUCACAAACCACUUCGUGAAGCAGUUAUGCAAGGUUUGUCCUAUAUCGACAAGAAUACCCUCCAUGAUCGAUCUCCUGGAGAUCCUAAUCGGUUGCACGAGUACUGUGCCCCUAAGUAG